CAUGGUGGCAGCAAUUCGAGCUGACCCAUCGUCAUUUACAGCCAAAUUGCACUCACUUUCACAGUCAACGCUCUUAAUUAUAUGAUAUAUAAAAUUGAACUAUAUGAAUUUCUCAAUUUACUACCAUAAAAUAUAAUUGGUCUUCACGAGAUUCGUGCAUGUUUACUGCCUUUUAAUCAAGAAGCAAACUGUAUUAAAUUACUUAAAUCCACAAAUUGUUGUAUAUCUAAAUUCAUAAGCUUGGUUUUCAAGAUUUUCCAGCUCUAAAGCGCAACGGGAAACAGACCAGGCUAGAUUUAGAUCUGCAUCAUAGCGAGUUCUAGAGUAUUUUUGAAGUUAUUAGUGAAAGAAAGAUUUUAUAUUAUUAUUAUUAUUAUUAUUAUUAUUUCACCUAUACACAACAGACAAUGUGAAGCUUUGUUGAGAGAAAGUUUGGACAGCUUUUGAAGUUUUAAGUGAUAGCAGAAGCUGUUUGUGAAGAAUUGCUGAGAGAAAAUAUGUGAUCUUGGUGAACUUUACAGCUUAAAGAUGCAAAGAAAGAGUGAUUCAGCUUCAAUUGAUGCCUGUUUCUUAUCUGGGUUGAAAAUCUGAACAAAAAAGAGGCAAAAAUUAGAACUUGGUGAGAAGAUCGAAAAUCACUUUAAAAAUGGGGAGGUUAUGCUUUCCCAAAUGUAGGCUAGGCAGAAUAAUGGGUUGGCUUCAGGUUGUAUUGGGAGGGCUUGUUAUAAUUGUAAGCAUAUCAAGUCUCAUUAGGUUCUACUCGGCCGGAUUUUUCAUGCGAAACGAAGACAUAUGCCACCAAUUUUAUGGGGUGAAGUAUGUUUAUGAUGGUUUUGACAUAAAAGCUUUGUCAGAUCGAGUUGGGGAUGUUCUAAAUAAGAUGGAAAGCUUGCAAGAAAAGCUGGAAUUGAAAGUACAAGAAAUGGAGAAAAAUAAAGAGGUCUUGCUUAGAAAUAACAUCACAAUAUUGGAGUAUAAGAAGUAUUUGGAAUUGGAGGUGAUUAGGCCUCUAUAUAAUGCUCACAUUGCUCUUAGACAGAUUCGUCUACCUAAGGUUGGAGGGAUUAGGAAUUCGACAAUGAAGGAGGAACCCUUGAUUAAUACUUUUGUCAUUGAGGAGAUUAGGAAGUACAUAACCCCAAAAGAGAAUAGACUUGGGAAGAUUAACAUAUAUGGAACAGAGAGGAUAUACAACACAAUAGGGCAUGCAUGUGUUUUAUAUAAGAAAGAAUUGGAAGAGUAUAUGGAUUAUGACAUUGGUUCUUAUUGUAAUGAUGACUGGAAUAUAGCUCAGAAGCUUAUGGUUAACGGUUGCGAUCCUCUGCCCCGACGGCGGUGCUUGACACGGGCCUCGAAGGUUUACCAGAAGCCAUAUUCAAUCAAUGAGUCUCUGUGGAGAUUGCCAGAUGACAGAAAUGUAAGGUGGAGCAAUUACCAAUGCAGGAAUUUUGAGUGUUUAUCAAGCAAGAACCCGAAGCGGGGUUAUUCGAAGUGUACUGGGUGUUUUGAAAUGGAAAAGGAAAAGCUAAAAUGGGUGACUAAUAGCUCACUUCCUGUAGAUUUUCUGAUAAAUGAUGUUUUGGCAAUCAAGCCUGGGUUGAUAAGGAUAGGUCUGGAUUUUGGUUUUGGUACAGGGAGCUUUGCUGCAAGGAUGAGAGAACAUAAUGUUACAAUUGUUUCAACUGCUUUAAACCUAGGGGCUCCUUUCAAUGAGAUUAUUGCACUAAGAGGCUUAAUCCCUCUGCAUGUGACAUUGAAUCAAAGGCUCCCAUUCUUUGAUAACACAAUGGAUUUGAUUCAUACAACUGGGUUUAUGGACGGCUGGAUUGACCUGCUGUUGAUGGAUUUUAUCCUGUUCGAUUGGGAUCGGAUUUUACGGCCGGGAGGGUUGCUAUGGAUUGACAGGUUCUUUUGCAAUAGAAAAGAUCUGGAUGACUACAUGUACAUGUUCCUGCAGUUCAGGUACAAGAAGCACAAGUGGGUUAUUGCUCCUAAAUCAAAGGAUGAGGUCUAUCUUUCUGCAUUGUUAGAGAAACCUUCAAGAGCUAUUUGAUUACAUUUUCUUGCUUCUUUUUUGUUUGUAAUGUUGAUGUGAUGUUAUCAAUUUACAUGUUGGUAAAGCCAGUCAUGUUUGUGGUGCUUGAUGUGCUGUGUAAGAGAAAGAAAAUCACUUGAAUGUGAUAUAAAUUCUUUGUUGUCA